UAUCAUCCGUUGGUGAAAUUAAUUGCUUGAGGAAAAGUUCCUUUGAAUACAAAAAAAAAACAAAAUCAAAAUGUUGAAGUUUUUACUCGUGCUCGCGAUUGUGGUCCCAACGGCAUUCGCCCAACACCAUGUCGUUUGCUGGCCGCAUCCCAGCUGCCCGCUCGUGGACGUUGUUCAAACGUUUUUGCCCCACGUGGACUGUGGGAAGUUUUACAAGUGCAACAAGGGCAUCAAGUGUGAAAUGAACUGUCCCCCUGGAUUACACUGGAGUGUCGCCCUGGUGCGCUGUGAGUGGCCCAAUAUCGCUUGCUGUGAUCCCAGAAUUCCUUGCGAGGGAAUUCCGUCGCCACCGAUUCCAACAAUUCCGGUGCCACCAGUUACGACACCGGCCCCAAUCCCGACCAUUCCUGUGGACCCGAACCCAACUACCGUGGGACCGAUUCCGACCAUUCCCGUGGACCCCAUUGACCCAACUCCAGUGGGUCCAACUACGGUGGGUCCGAUUCCUACCAUUCCUGUGCCUCCAGUCAGAAUACUUUAUUAAGAUAUGUAUAAAAAGCGUUACUUUGCGCAACUGUAACUGGUUGUGACCCUUCCUCAUAACUAAACGGUGUUUUAAUAAAAUUAUAUCUCAAGUAAA